AUGAGCAGUCCUGCAGAUGAAUAUGAUGAUCUUGAUGAGUACUUAGAAGAUCCUUCAAAGUUAGACAGAGAAGAGAAAUCUAGGACAGGUUCCAUUUCUAGUAAAGAUGAUAGUAUAAAGAAGCCGGCGAAUGAUAGCGCUGGCGCACGGAAAGAACAGAACACAGAUCCUGAAGUUGCGGAAAUGAUCGAAGAAUUACAAUCUCAGUUUCAAGGGCUCAUGACUUCAGAGGUAGAAGAAGCGGACAAAGAGGCUGUGAACAGUUUCAAGAACUUGCUAGGCGUUCUGGAAAAGGCUUCGGUACCACAUUCGCCACCCGAAGGACAGGUUAAUAAUGACAAGAAAGCUGAGAAACCAACUUCUGAGAAUAAGGAAGACUUCAAGGAUAUUAUCUCGAAUACUUUAGAUAGAUUAAAGGAAAAUUCAACUAACAUUGACUCCAAGUUGGAACAAGAAAAGAAGUCUCAGAAUUCAGACGAAAUCCUAUCUCAGCUAUUCUCCCAACUCGCUGAUGGUAGCGAUGGAUUAGAUGGCGACAACAUGGACGGUGCAAUUCUCAAUAUUCUUAACCAAAUGUCUUCUAAGGAGGUGAUGUAUCAACCCAUGAAGGAGAUGCAGAUAGAAUUCGUCAAAUGGAUGGAAGAAAAUAGCAGCAAGGAUGAACACAAGGACAAAAUCUCGACCUACAAUAAGCAGCUCGAUACCGUCAACAAAAUAAUUGCUGUAUAUGAAAAGGCUGAUUACUCUAACGAAAAAUAUCGCAAUGAGAUUACUGAUCUAAUUGACGCCCUCGAGCAGCUGGGCGAUAGUCCCGUGAACAAAGGUUUUAAUAGCGGGAAAAGCAAUCAAGAAUUGAACGACUUCGCCAAAAUGCUCGAGGUUGAAGGCGACGAAAACCUCGGAAACAUAGACAAAGAGCUCGAGAAUACCUGCAACACUCAGUAG